AGAAAAAUGAUAUAUAGUGUUUGAAGAAAAUAAAGUUUUACCGUUGUCACUACCACGAAGCAAGAGAGAAGAGAGAGCUAGACAAAAAUGGCAGAAACUGCAGUGUCUUUUGCGAGUCAGCAUUUGCUUCCAAAAUUUUUAGAAGCUGUAAAGAUGGUGAGAGAUCUCCCAAAAGAAGUUGCAGAAGUUACAGAUGAACUAGAGAGCUUUCAGGAAUUCAUCCAUGAAGCAAACAAAGUGGCGGAAGCUGAAGAAGAUAACAGUAAGCUCAACAGAAUAAGAAAAAGGUUGAUGAGGCUGAGAGAAGCAUCUUUUCGCAUGGAAGAUGUCAUCGAUGACUAUUUGAUAUGUGACGAAAAGCAAUCUGAGGAAGAUCCUCGAUGUGCAGCUUUACUCUGUGAGGCUGUUGAGUUCAUCAAAAGUCAAAUCCACCGCCUUCAAAUAGCGUAUCAGAUUCAGGAUGUUAAGUCACUUGUUCGUGCAGAAAGAGAUGGCUUCAAAAACCAUUUUCCCAUUGAACCAAGAUCAGACAGUUCUAGAGGAAAGGAAAAUUUCACAUGGCAUAAAUUUCGAAUGGAUCCUCUCUUUAUUAAGGAACAUGAGGUUGUUGGCCUUGAAGGCCCUACACAAACACUGAAAAAGUGGUUGACAGAGGGAAGGGAAGAACGCACUGUGAUCUCUAUUGUAGGAAUGGCUGGAUUGGGAAAAACUACUCUUUCUAAGCAAGUCUUUGACAAGGUCCAUAAACACUUUGAGUGCCAUGUAUUGAUCACAGUGUCUCGACCGUAUGCUGUUGAAGAGUUGCUGAGGACUAUGAUGAACGAGCUUUGCAAAGAAAUAAAGGAGGAUCCUCCUCGAGAUAUUUCAACUAUGAAUCAAUUGUCAUUGAUAAAAGAAGUCAGAAACCGCUUGUGCAAUAAGAGGUAUGUUGUCUUGUUUGAUGAUGUUUGGAAUGAAACAUUUUGGAAUGACAUUGAAUUGGCUAUGAUUGAUGAUAAAAAUGGAAGUAGGAUAUUAAUCACUACCCGGGAAGAGAAGGUUGCGGAGUUCUGUAAAAAUUGUUUACUUUAUAGGCUGCAAACUUUAAGUAAAGAAAAGUCACUGGAGUUGUUAUAUAAAAAGGCAUUUGGGUAUGGCUUUCAUGGACGUUGUCUAGAAGAUUAUGAAGAAGCAGGUCUGGGCAUUGUUAGGAAGUGUGGAUAUUUACCUCUAGCAAUUGUAGCUAUUGGUAGUCUUUUAUAUAGAAAAUGUAAAAGUCCAUCUGAUUGGGCCCUGUUUAGUCAAAAUCUAAGUUUAGAGUUGGAGAGCAAUUUCGAGUUAGACAGUGUUAAAAAAAUUUUAAGUUUGAGUUACGAUGAUUUACCACAGAAUCUGAGGUCAUGUUUGUUGUAUUUCGGAAUGUAUCCUGAAGAUUAUGAAGUUAAAUGUGGUAGAUUAAUUCAGCAGUGGAUAGCUGAAGGGUUUGUGAAACACGAACUCGAAAGAAAUUUAGAAGAAGUUGCAGAACAACAAUUAAUGGAGUUGAUCAGUAGAAGCUUGGUACUAGUAGCAUCAUUUACCAUAGAUGGGAAAGUGAAAGCAUGUCGUGUUCAUGACUCAAUGCAUGAAAUGAUCCGUGGAAAAAUUAAGAACACAGGGUUUUGUGAGUAUAUUGAUGGACAUAAUCAUUUGGAUUCAAGCGGUAUCACUCGACGCUUAACAGUGGCAACAAGCUCCAAUGAUUUAAGUGGAUCUAUGGAAGAAUCAGAACAUGUUCGGUCAAUUCUAAUUUUCGCGAAUGAAACUGAAGACUUCACCAGCCGCUUGCUUGGUAAAUACAUACGGUUGAAGGUGCUCGAUUUUGAAUCUGCUCCAUUGUAUGAGGUUCCUGAAAAUUUGGGGAGUCUAAUUCACUUAAAGUAUCUAAGCUUCCGGAGUACAUUCAUAAGAAGCCUUCCAAAAUCCAUUGGUAGGCUGCAGAACUUGGAGACAUUAGAUGUACGAACAAAAGGGGAAGUUCAGGUACCAAAGGAGAUUACCAAGCUUAGAAAGCUGCGUCAUCUUUUGAGUAGAUCAAUAUCUUCCACUUCAUUGAAGAACAGUCUUGGAAGCAUGACGUCCCUGGAAAAGAUGUAUAAAUUGGCAAUAGAUGAAGAUGGAGUGGUGAUUAGAGAGCUUGGAAAGCUAAAUCAAUUAAGGGAUCUGAGGCUUGAUGAUGUUAGGGGAGAUCAUGUUGACACUCUUUGUUCCUCAAUAAACGAGAUGCCACUCUUGGAGCGAUUAGAUAUCUACGUACAAUAUGGAGCGGUAAUUGACUUGCAUAUUACGUUAUCCUUGUGCAAACUAAGGAAGCUUCACCUGUUUGGCAGUUUAAAAGAAUUCCCAAAUUGGAUUUCGCGACUUCAAAGUCUUGUGAAAUUGUCUUUAAAUCAAUCCAGGUUAACUAACAUUCCAUUGAAAUCCCUGGGAAAUAUGCCAAAUUUGUUGUUCCUCUGUUUUGAUGCAUAUUCUUACGAAGGAGAAACUUUGCAUUUUCAAGGAUUUCAGAAACUAAAGGAACUACGGCUCAAAAGUUUACCGCAAUUGAGCUCCAUCUUUAUUGAUAGCGGAGCACUGCAGUCUUUGGAAAAGCUUCUGAUAAUGAAUAUUCGACAACUGAAGGCAGUGCCCUCUGGCAUUCAACACUUAGAGAAACUCCAAGUUCUCGAAAUCUUUCAUAUGCCGAUUGAAUUUCUGCAGAGUAUCAACCCCAAUGGAGGAGAAGAGCAUUGGAUGAUCCAACAUGUGCCCCAUGUAAGUUUUGUCGCAAAAAAUAGUGCUAUGCUAUUUGCUGAGAUAGCUGCUGGAAUUUUUUCUUCGACUUUAUACAGAGGAGUGCAGACGUAAUGACUAAAGCUACUGAAGGACCCAAAACAAGUUUAUGCAGCAAGGGAUAGGAUUUGGACACGUGGAAAAUGAUCGUGAAGCUGUUAGCAGGAGAAGCUCGCGCGUGAAAUUGACUAAUUCUAGUAUCAACUCUAUUUG